UAGAAUCUCACCUCAAAUAGAGAAAGAUGUCAAGUGGUGGUGAUAUUAUGGCAGGCAAAGAAAGAGAAGAAGAAGAGAACAUGGCUGCUUGGCUGCUUGGAAUCAAGAACCUUAAGAUUCAGCCUUAUCACCUUCCUUCUCUUGGUAAGGCCUUCACUUCGUUUCAGGUUAAGAACUCACGCUCAGGUGAUCACAGCUGGUUUAGAUAAAUCCCAAUUUGCAUCGAUGCUGCUAAAUAAACUGGGUAUUCUCUCUAGGAAUGAACUUAUAAAAACCCUUAACCGAUCAUGUCCUUAGCUAUGUGAUAAAAAAGGUCCCUAUGAUGUUAAAGUUCGGAUAAAGGCUCUUGGUAUCUGUGGAAGUGAUGUUCAUCACUUCAAGACAAUGAGAUGCGCAAAUUUUAUUGUCAAAAAGCCAAUGGUCUUAGGACAUGAAUGUGCUGGGGUCAUAGAGGAAGUUGGGAGUGAAGUGAACACUCUAGCAGUGGGAGACCAUGUAGCAUUGGAACCUGGAAUCAGUUGCCGGCGAUGCAAUCUCUGCAAAGAUGGUCGCUAUAAUCUAUGUCCUGAAAUGAAGUUCUUUGGAUCUCCACCAACUAAUGGUGCUCUUGCCAAUAAGGUAGUGCAUCCUGCAAAUCUCUGUUUCAAACUACCUGAAAAUGUGACUCUGGAAGAAGGGGCAAUGUGUGAACCCCUCAGUGUUGGAGUCCAUGCUUGUCGCCGUGCAAAAAUUGGUCCAGAUACAAACGUCUUGAUCAUGGGAGCAGGACCAAUUGGCCUCAUCACCUUGUUGACUGCUCGUGCAUUUGGUGCUCCUAGAGUUAUUAUUGUUGAUGUUGAUGAUCAACGUUUAUCCAUUGCAAAGAAUCUUGGUGCAGAUGAGAUCCUUCAAGUCUCAACAAAUAUUGAGGAUGUCGGUGAAGAAGCAAUGAAGAUACAAAGUGCUAUGGGCUCAGGAAUUGAUGUGAGUUUUGACUGUGUUGGGUAUGCCAAAACCAUGUCUACAGCUCUGAAUGCCACACGUUCAGGUGGCAAAGUUUGCCUUAUUGGAUUAGCCUUGAGUGAGAUGACUGUCCCUCUUACUCCAGCUGCUGCAAGGGAGGUUGAUAUUGUUGGCAUAUUUCGAUAUAGAAACACAUGGCCACUAUGCAUUGAACUUUUGAGGACUGGUAAGAUUGAUGUUAAGCCCUUGAUAACUCACAGGUUUAGCUUCUCACAAGUGGAGGUAGAAAAAGCAUUUGAAACUAGUGCAGGUGGCGGCAAUGCUAUUAAGGUCAUGUUUAACCUUUAAGUGUUAAAAGAGUUCACAUUUAAGCAGAUGUUGCUAGACUGAUUCUAAGCUUUCUUCCUUUUCUGUGAUUCAUCAGAGGAAGCUGAUGUAUGUAUGUAUCAAAAUAAGUGAAUGAAAUAAGAUGUAUCAUGUCGGGAAAUUUUUCUA